AUGACAGGGCUCAUGGACAUCAUUCAGGUGCCGUCAUCGCGCAGCGUCAGAGCUCUGCGGCGGGUCUACGACAGCGUCCAGGCUCAAAUCCGGGGCCUUCGGGCGUUGGGUGUGACGGAUCAGUCAUACUGUGCCAUGCUCUACCCGGUUCUGCUUCGUGCGCUUCCGGACGACAUGAGGCUCGAGUUCAACCGCAAGAUGUCUUCGGGGAACGCCGAAAACGCCACCGCCGGGGGAACAUCAGCAGCCGACAUCGGCUCCGACUCAGCAACGGAACAAGGACCCGUUAAGGAGGUGAGCGCGCUGCUGAACUUUCUCAAGAUCGAGGUGGAGAGCCGGGAGAAAACAUCCAAGGAACAACCCGAAGACGCCGGCGGUAAGCCUGCACAUUGUUUCCCCAUGCAUGAACAUCCGAAGAGGCGCCUAAACAACGCCAAGACUCGGAACGCUACCGCUACGGCCUUGCAUGGCAGGAUGGACAGCAUGGAAUGCUUUCUUUGCAAAUCAAAGGCGCACAGCACACCAGACUGUAACGCGAAGAUCGAACUCAAGGAAAAGAAGCGCAGGCUGCAAGCCGAUCGCAGGUGCUUCCGGUGCACAAAGCCGAACCACACGGCAAGAAUGUGUCGCGGCACGCUCCGUUGUGACAGGUGUGGAGGAAGGCAUGUAUCCUCUAUGUGUGAUCCAGAUUACUUGCCGGGACGAGCCGCCAGCGGAUCGGAUGAAACGCGGAAGAAAGACAAGACGCCUCUCAACCUGCAUGUGAGCGAGAAGGGCAACAAACCGGCUGUCCUUCUGCAAACCGUUACCGCGUGGGUGGAAAGCAAGAACAGAAGAAAGUUGGCCCGCAUUCUCUUCGACAGCGGUAGUCAGCGCUCCUUCAUUACAGAGGAGCUGUCGAGGGGUCUUGGUUGCAAGCUUCUCGGAACGGAGGUUCUUACCGUCGGAGUGUUCGGUGGCAACACUAGCGAACAAACGUACCGUAGAGUUCAAGUAGUUUUGAGUAAUCGUCUAACCGGCCAGACAUACGAGAUAGACGCCCUCGAGAUGCGUUCUAUCUGCGAACAAGAACUUCCAGGCCCGGAUGAAGACAUCCUGGUGAAUAUGGAGGAGCUCGGACUAAUGGUUGGUGACGACCUGAACGGACUCGAGUGCAACGGAGUAGGAAUCCUCUUAGGAUCGGAGCACUACUGGGGAUGCGAUACGGGAAGAGUCCGUCGACUGAGCGAGAACCUGACGGCAGUGGAGACCGCCUUUGGUUGGGCAGUACAUGGACGUUCCCAGGCAACUGCAGCUGUUGUCAACUGUUCCCAAGUGAUCGUCCUCAGAGCUGCCGUGAGCGACCAGGAGAACACGGCUGUCCUGAGAGGAUUUUGGGAGCUUGAGAGUAUGGGAGUUGUGGACGCAGAGGUCCAGGAUCACUCCGAUAGCGACAUCAUGCAGCGCUUUGAGAGGAGCCUCACCAAAUCUGAUCGAAGAUACGAAGAAAUCUGGAAGCUGAAUUUGCGCUGGGACGAUACACUGCCGGAAGGACUGAUGAGUGGCUGGAACAACUGGUGCGACGAGCUCACCACACUUCAGCAAAUUAACGUGCCCAGAUUCUACGACAGCGAGCUGAAGGGCAACGUUGUACAUCGAACGUUGCACGUAUUCUCGGACGCCAGCACCUCCGCAUACGGAAAUCUGCCUUGCUAG